UCCUUGCCGAGGAGAGGAUUGGCUCGGCGGUGCUGCAGCCCGCCCUCCUCCUUCCCACGUCCCCUCCCCGCCAGCUUCGCUCCCUCUCUCCCGUGGCAUCGGGGCGUCAGCCUGGGAGAGCCAGCCUUGGGGGGACAGCCGUGGGAAAAGGGAGGGGAGGGGAACGACUCCCCUUUCUCCCCUCCCUGCUCCAGGACGCGGAGCCGGUAACCCUCGGAACAAGUUACAGGGGCCCACGGAGAGCGUCUCCCAACUUUUCGGCUGGAGGACGGGAGGAAAAAAAAGUACUAACCCUGAUUCGGACGAGGUGGCCAGCGAAAGGACUGAGGCACCCACCUCAAGCUCCUGCCCCAUCUGUGGCCGGCUCCCGCUCACCUGGCAACAGCAGAAGACAGUGGAUUAACCCCUAAACCCACGUCCAGAAGCAGCUUCCAGCGGCUGCUGCAGCACCGGGAGUGACCUCAGAGCUUCCCCAGGGACACCUCCACUCCACCACCAUCCUCACCAGUGAGGACAUCCCCACUGCGGGUGAUUUCAUGAGCACAACGUAGUGCCAGGGAAGCAGGCACCACUGCCACCCGCUGAAAGCCAAGGUGACUUGAGCCAUUCCUCCAAGAGCAUCGGAGCCGGAGCCAUGAGGAGGCCAGGGAUGUGACAGGCCACCCCAGUGUUGGAAGCCCAGCGAGGGCUGGUUUUAGGGCCAUUUUCAGGGGCAGGGGUGAGGUGAGGGGUGCAACAUGAGCCUGGGGAAGCUGCCGGUGCUCAGCUGGGUGUCGGGCUCCCAUGGCAAGCGGCGGCUGAAGUCGGAGCUGACGCCGGACAUGAUCAGCCCGCCGCUGGGGGACUUUCGGCACACCAUGCAUGUGGGGCGUGGGGGCGACGUCUUUGGGGACACCUCCUUCCUCAGCAACCACGGCGGGGCCGACACGGCCAAAGCCAACAACUUCUUUGCCCGGACGCUGCGGCAUGUCCGCCGGACGCCGCUGAGGAGCCGGGGCAGCGUGGACCAAGCAGGGGCAUCGCCUGCCCCCCCAGCCAUCUCGCCCAUCAUCAAGAACGCCGUCUCUCUGCCCCAGCUCAACGAGGGGAUGUACGACGGCAGCAGUGGCCGGGGCUUGACCAGCAAGUUCUCCUUCAAAAGUGCCUCCAACAGCUUCUCCAAAACACACCAGGCCUACGGGCUGGAGUCUGGGUUUUGCACCAUCCCUCGUGUGCCCCGCUUGGAAAAGGCCCAAGAGAGCACCCUUACCGUGGAAGACGAGCUGACACGCUCAGACUCCCUGCUCUCCUUCCGCCUGGACCUGGGGCCCUCCCUGAUGAGUGAGCUCCUUCAGGUGAUGAGCUUCUCUGAAACCAACGGAAAUGAGGCAGGGGAAGAUGACCCAGACCUCCUGUGCAGUGAGGGGACCAAGGAUGGGGUCUCUCCAGCAUCAGCUGCAUCCCACGGAGAGGACAAGACAACAUCCAGCUUCUGGGACCGCUCUGGGCAGAGCAGCCUGUCAGGGGCCAGCUCGCUGCCGGGACUGUCCGUCCAUGCCAACGGAGAUGCACAUGCCAUUGAGGGUGCUGGAGAGGACUCUGCCUGGGCUUCGGGGCCAGGGGCAGCGCCCAAAGGGACCCCAUGGCAGGGGAACUGGAACGACUGCACCAUUGAGGCGGGAGAGUUUGACCGGGCGGCCCAGGUGCUGGCCCGCCAUUAUGGUGGGACCAGCACCCCGAGGAGCUCAGAGAAGGGCAAGAGUCCCUGGCAAGCCCAGACGCAGACCCUGUGGGAGAGCCCCAGCAGCAGCUCCUGGCGGUCACAAGUGACAGGAGAGAGACGGUCCCCCGAGACCACCUGGAACCAAGGAGAGGAGGAGGAGGAAGCUGAGCUCUCCACCCUGCAGGAGGGGUAUGCUGGCGCCCGGGGUGGGCGCAGCAAUUCCUUUGAGUACGCCGACGAUGAGGAAGACGAUGAAGUCAAGGUGUGAACAGCCAUCCCCACCAUCAUGGACCCCCCCCCCGCCAGAGGCACCGGUGCCAGGGUCUUUGCCCUCCUCCCCAUCUCCCACCCUCGGGUGCCAGCAUCACCAGUGGAACCAGCAGGCAAUCUCCUUGCCAAGCUGGGGACACCGGUGGGGACUGGGGGGCAGGAGGAGAGCCUGUCUCCUGAGGGACUCCGUGGGCCAGGCUGCUGUGGGGGACCAGUGAGGGCUGUGCAUCACAGCCUUUCCCUGGCUCACUGCCAUUAGACACCAAAGGGACAUUGCCAUGUGCCAAAGAAACCCCAAACUCCUUCCUACCCCCAUCCCAUCCCCUCUGCUACCUUCUCUCCCGUCCCUCAGCCUGGCGCUGCCAGCAUGUCUGGGGACAUGCCCUGUCCUCUGAUCAAAGCCCCCAGCCACCCUCUGUGCUGGCACAGGUGCCCUCCCAGAGAUAUUCCCACCAAUAGCUCUGGCACAUAACAGAUGGGGGGGAUCUCCCCAGCUUGAGCUGGUGCAUGACCUGGGGAGGUCAGCUGGGGGCUCAAGGGGCAGGCAAACCCCACAGAGCUGAGCUUUCUCUUCUUCCCUCCCCCCCUGCCGCAAAAAAGCCAUGAACUCAGAGUUCAGGAGACAAGAGCACACACAGAAGUAGUCGCAGGGGUCUUUCCACUUGCCUCCUGCCGCUGAGUGUCACUUAGGACGGCUCCUUUUCUGACCCCUGCCUCCUCACAGCAGGGAGAGGAGAGACUUCUUGGCUGGCUGGAGGCAGAGGCGAGGUUGUCAGGUCACCAAAUUCUGCAUUUUGGGCCCUAAAAAAUUCCUUCCAUUUCCCCCGCCUCAGAAGAAGGAGUCUCCCACUCUGCCGCCACUCGGUCUGUGCCACCUCAUCUGCAUCCUAGCCCCUUCUCCCCAUUCCCCACGCACACACCCCUCUUUCCAGCAUGCCCCUUCCCAGGAGUAUGCACGGAGGAUGGCUAACACCCCUCGCCAAGCGGCCCUGGGCGACACGGCCGCCCUGGAACGAGCUGCCCCCCACGCUGCCCUGCGUGCAAACCGGCCCUCACAGAAGCCUCUUUGUGCCACCCCAUCGAGCCAAGACGCUCGGGGGCUGAGGUCACUGGAGGGACCCUCACAGGACCCCCCUUGUUCUCCGGGAUAGGAGGGGGUGUGCGGCAGGGGGAGAUGCUGGGCCGUGGCCGCAGGGCUCCGCUCCCACGCAGCUCACCCGCCGCCUGCCCGGCUGCUUAUGGCAAGGAGCUCUUCAGAGCAGAAUAAAGAGGCUCUGGCACGCACGCGUGUUGUACGUGGGAGUGCCACUCGCCAUCAGGCCAUCGAUGUUACGGGAGAGCCCGUCUCCCCCAGCCUCCCCAGGCGGCUGCCUCGUGCCAGCCAGCAGCAGCAAGCCAGGGCGGGCAGCAGCUUCAAGGAGUCCCCAGCUCCGGCCACUGGCACCCAGCAGGAUCAGCCUCAUCACCCCUGCACCCUCUGGGGUGGGGACCCUGGCUCUCAGGACAAGCUUCCCCCCACCCUCUGCUUCCCAGAGCAUAACACAGGCUCCAGACCAAAGACCCACAUCCGUGGAAUAUCCUUUCUGCCUCCACUCUGUAUCCCAUGCACUUACUGUCCUUAUUAAAGCAGUUUUGAUACUAA